AUGAAAAGAAGAACAGCACUAAUUUUAAGAAAGGCGUUGGAAAGUGUGCAAUCUGUGAAUGGGGAUAUUGAAUCUGGUAUUAAUGUUGUCCAAGAGAUUCAAGGGACAAGUAGAACACCAACAUCAAAUAAUGCAGAUUCUACUGGGAAUGGCGCAGCCUCCGCAAAUAGACUUUCUGACAAUAUCCUGUUAGCAGAAGCAGAGAAGACAGAAAUGCAAUUAGAACGCAUGAUUUUUGAAAUUAAUGAAGAUACUGAAAGCAGCGUACUGCUUCAAGAUAUCGUUUUGGAAGAAAAUGCUACUGAGGCUGAAUCCCGUAUUGAAAUUGAAGAUACGCCAGUAAUGAAUGCUGAGAUUGUUGGUUACACUGAAAACAGCUCGGAAAAUACUGCAAAUAGGAAAAAUAAAAUUGUAAAAAAAAAGAUAUCAGAUCCGAAAACUUGGAAACAAAAUAUAAGAAAAAAAUUGUUUCAAGAAGGGAAACAGUACACAAGCUCCAGAGGAAAAAAAGUCAAUGAAAAAAAAGUGCCAAUUUAUACUGUGCAUGCUGUUGGCCCAGAUAACCCUAAAAAAUCCCAAAGAGGGAAGAACAGCCCAAGAAAAAUAAAUGAGGCUUCCAAACAAAGUGUAAUUGACCAUAUUAAUAAAUUUCCUGCUGUAGAAUCCCAUUAUUGUAGGACAAACACAAAAAGAAAUUAUUUGGAAUCCACUCUCAGCGUAAAGAAAAUGUAUGAUCUAUAUUUGAUCUAUUGUGAAUCGAAACAGAUUACACCUGUAAAAUUGUCCAUGUACAGGUUUAUUUUUAACACUAACUUUAAUUAUAGUUUUCAUGUUCCGAAAAAAGAUGUAUGUGAAAAAUGCGCUACUUAUUAUACUAUAAAAGCUGAAAAUAAUUUAAAAAAUAGUGAUGAAUUGGACAUGGAAAACCAUACAACAGAGAAAGAGGUCAUGAGAAAGGAGAAGAGUUCUGAUAAAAAUAGUAAUGCUGCAAUUUUAACGUUUGAUUUGGAAAAUGUCAUAACAUGUCCAAGAUCCAAUGUGGGUAACCAUUUUUAUUUACAGAAGCUCAGUAUGUACAAUCUCACAGGACACUUCUCAACAAGUAAUACAGCAUACUGUAUUUUAUGGAUGGAAACUAUGCAGGGCAGGAGUGGAAAUUGCUUGGCUAGUGCUUUUAAAGUGCUUGUGGAAAAGGUUUUAGAAAACAAUCAUAUUGAGCAUCUUGUUACAUGGAGCGAUAGCUGUGUGCCGCAAAAUAGAAAUUCACAUAUAGCCUUUAGCGCUUUGGAUAUCUUAAGAAACCACGAUGAGUUGCAAAGCAUAACAAUGAAGUAUUCCAUCCCUGGACACGGUGCGGUACAAGAAGUUGAUAAUAUUCAUAGCCAGAUUGAAAAUCAUAUGUCCAAGAAAGAUUUUUUCUCUCCAUUGGGAUUCGUUAAAGAACUCAAACAAAUUCGAAAAGGCAAUCCUUUCGUAAUUCAUCAAAUGAAGCAAACUGAUUUUUAUAAUUUUGAGCAAUGUUCUUCAAAACUUAAUUAUGCCAAAGUGCCAUUUACAAAAGUGUCUCAACUUAAAUUUGAAAAAUCCGAUAUAAAUAUGAUAUCGUUUAAAAUAGGCCAUUGUUCCGAAUUUCAAAUAGUAAGUAUUUAUAACACAAUUCCAAGAGGUAUACGAAGUAGAAAGUCUAAAGAUGCGCAACCAAAUGCAGUUCCCUUGUUAGCUACGAUUAUUCCGAAAGUACUUUCCAAUCCAGAACCACUUGCCCCUGGAAAAGUUUUGGCAAUUAAGAAAAUGAUGACGGCAAUGCCUCAAGUGGAUCAAGAUUUUUACAAAGCUCUUUUAGGUUUUAAUUAA